ACCACCUCACCUCCUUGGAACCUGCUGGUCAGGAUAUGUGGCCUUUUUUGCCUCUCACUGAUCUUCAGGCACACCAACAGAAGGAUCCAGUAAUCUCGAGGGUUGCUCAUUAUGUUGAGAGAAAGCGCAGACCCUCCAGACGGGAACGUUGUAAUGAGAAUCAGCCAACCCUGAAGGUCCUGAAGCAGUGGGACAGGUUGACACUCAUGGGUGGGAUUCUCUACCGAGUCACAAAGGACCCUUUAACCAAACACAAGAGGUUUCAGUUUGUUGUGCCUGAGUCUUUGAAGGCUGAUGCGUUAUCGGGUGUUCAUGAUCAUGCUGGUCACCAGGGUCAGCCCCGCACACUCUCUCUGGCUCGUCAGCGCUUCUUCUGGUCUGGUAUGGAGAAAGAUGUGCGAGAUCAUGUGAAGAACUGUCAAAGAUGCGUUCUCAGUAAAACUCCUGAACCUUCUGCCAGAGCCCCACUAGAAAACAUCAAGACCUCUGCUCCUUUGGAACUUGUGUGUGUGGACUUUUGGUCUGCGGAGGACAGCAACAACAGGUCGGUGGAUGUUCUGGUUGUCACGGACCAUUUUACCAAGUUGGCUCAUGCCUUUCCCUGUCGAGACCAGACCGCAAUAGGGGUUGCCAAGAAGCUGUGGGACAAUGUUUUUUGCGUUUAUGGCUUUCCCCAGCGCUUGCACUCUGACCAGGGAGCGAGCUUUGAAACCGAGCUUAUUGCUGAGCUCUUGAAGUUGUCAGGGGUUGAUAAGUCGCAUACCUCGCCAUACCACCCUAUGGGGAACGGCAAUACAGAAAGGUUUAACCGAACCCUGGGCAACAUGUUGAGAGCACUGCCCCCUCGCUCCAAACAGAAAUGGCCACAGAUGAUCCACGCAAUGACUUUUGUUUAUAACUGCACCAUUCACGAGACCACUGGAUUUGCACCUUUCUAUCUGAUGUUUGGGAGAGUUCCUAGACUGCCAGUUGACCUAAUGUUCAAGAAUGUACUCCGUGAUGAGACUGUGUGUGACUAUAAUGCUUAUGUUAAGUCUCUUUUGGGAGACCUGCACUGGGCAAUGACUCUGGCUCAAAAGAACUGCACAGCUGAGCAACAACAUCAACGUGACCAGUACAACAAAAGGGUCAAAGGUCUGCCUCUGUCACUUGGUGAUAAGGUGCUGCUGGCGAACAAAGCUGCCCGAGGGAAACGGAAGCUUUCUGACAAGUGGGAGCCGGUUGUCUACACUGUGGUGGCUUCGAAGCCUGCUUUGCACAUCUAUCGGGUCAGGGAUCAGGAUGGGCACGAACGGGUAGUCCACCGCAAUCUGCUACUACAGGUCAACUUCUUGCCCCUCAGUGGAGUUCCAGACGGUGAUGAAGCAGGUGUGCCCACGCCUGCCUGUAGUGUGAGCAAUGCCUGUCCAUCUGACUGGAAUGUGACUGAGAUGUCUGGAUUGAACACUGCUGCAGCAACAGCUGAACCUUCCUUUGCUGGUUCUCUCUCUGGGGUUAGCGACUGGGAUGGUGGCCGAACUGCUGCUUGGGUCAGCGAACAGUCAUCUUUAGAUGAACCACUUGGUUCGAAGAGUCCAUCUCCUUCCGCUGUGGUCGCCCCAGCUCCAGUUGGUCCUGCUGCUACUGUGGAUCAGCCACCUGUUGCCCCUGCCCCCCUGCAGCAACCGUUGCAUGUCUACCAUGGUCCUCCUCGGGGACUUGAUGCAGUAGACCGACUCACCUCCAGUUUUGGCAGGGUUAUUCGACCCGUUUGCCACUUAAUCGAGUCCAUGACACAAUUUGAGUCUGUUCUGGGGGUGGAACCGAGUUCUCCUACUGUUCUUCAUGUGUAAAGCCUAAAGUUGCAUGUCUAGCAAUUUUUGUUUUUUGUUUUGUUGUUUUUGUUUCAUGGUAUAUUACAUAACUUUUCAUGUAUUGCAUUAGUGCUGUACUGCUAUUUGUACAUCUUUAUCUCAUUUACCCUCUUUUGUCUGGCAUGAGGAUGCGCGGUGUAUGAGGCACCGCACAUUAUUUUUGGAGUACUAUAGGUUUUUGCUGGGCACCAAGCAAGCCUUUAGUUCUCCUAUCCUUUUAAUAGGAAACUUUUGAUGUUGAUUUUCUCUGCUUGAAGAUUGUGUUUUUAUGUGUAUUACUGAGUGUAGUGUGUUGUACAACCCAUAAUUUUGUGUAAUUCUAGGGGGGUGAAUGUAACAAUGCCAGUUCUUUGUUAAUAGUGUUUAUAGUUUACAGUUGUCUCUGCCAGUUAUGUUCAUAUUUAUUUAUGUAGAAUUUCACAAAGAUUAUUUUAUUGAAUUUACCUGACGUGUUUGUGUAGCUCCGGUUGGUAUGCGGAACCUUUCUUUUGUUAUUGUUUUCUGUACCCCUACGUUUAGUUUUUUGGGACAACUCCUUUAUAAGGAGCAGUCUCGCGCUCACUCUCCCCCUUCUUCCUGUGGCAUUCGGCGGGAGCGGGGCUUAAAGCGAUCGUCACCAACCAGACUGUGAUGUUUUGUUUACUAUUUGGUCAGAAAUAAAAGGAGAUCGCCUCCAAAUCACGCCGGUGGCCUGAUGUGAUCAUUGAUGCACACAACGCAGAGAGCUGUAGAAGCCACCGGUUACACUUGGACGCCUCAGAAACUGGAACCUUCUAUUGCACAUUGUUAUGUACAUGAUGUAAUUCA